AUUUUUGGAAUUUAGUUUAUUUUGACAUCGCGUUCGUGGCAAGUUGUGUGAUAGCGAAUAAUUAUUGUUUUCAUUAUCGAGAAUUUGUAUUUUAUUUCUAUAAAAGAAAUUACUAUAAUUAUUCGUUUGGAAGCUAUGAACACUUUACGGCUUUUCGGGGGUGUAGAAGGUGGUGCAACACACUCAAACUUGGUGAUUUGCGAUGAAACAGGCAAAGUUAUUAGUAAAUCUAAAGGCCCUGGAACAAAUCACUGGAAUCUUGGCAUAGACGAGUGUGCAAAACGAAUUAUUCAAAUGCUCCACACGGCGAAGGAUGAAGCUGGUAUUCGGAGGGACAAACCUAUUGAUUCUUUGGGUUUGACGCUGUCCGGUUGUGAGCAAGAGAGCAGUAAUGCUGAUUUAGCUAGACGGGUCAAAGAGCUGGAUGAAUACAGCGCACAUGCCAUCUUUGUAGCUUCAGACACAGCCGGGUCACUUUUCACCGGCGCCCCAAAUGGUGGAAUGGUUCUUAUUGCUGGCACGGGAUCAAACGCGUUGUUAAGAACACCAGAUGGUCAACAAUUUGGGUGUGGAGGCUGGGGUUACCUUCUCGGCGACGAAGGCGGUGCGUAUUGGAUUGCCCACCGCGCUGUUAAAAUAAUAUUCGACGAUUGUGAUGGUUUUCGGCCAGCUCCUCACUCGACAACAAGGCUUUGGGAGACAAUAAAAAAUUAUUUCAAGGCAGAUUCGCGAGCAGAUCUAUUGCCGCAUGCGUACAAACAUUUCGAGAAGUCAUUUUUUGCUGGUCUAACAGCAAAACUGUCAGCUCUAGCAGAUGAAGGCGACGCUCUAUCCCAGCAUAUAUUUGCUGAUGCGGGCGCUGCACUAGCUUCGCACGUGGCUGCGCUCGCGUCUCGAAGCCAGAAUGGAACUAGGCCAUUCGAAAAUGGCUUGAGGAUUGUCUGCGUGGGAUCCGUGUGGAAAAGCUGGCAUGCGCUUGCGCCGGGUGCGUUAAGUGCGCUUGCUGCGAGACGGCUAAGCAUAGACCUAGAGCUAGUGCGCCUGCGCGUCUCAAGCGCAAUGGGUGCAGCCUGGUUGGCUGCUAAACACGUGAACUACAAUUUGCCGCGGGAUGACUCGGCGUUCUGCGAAGUUUUCUACACACACCGGGACAACGGCCGAACAAAUAUUGAUGGGUAUGGAUGUGGUUGUAGCGAAUUUUGGAGCUAAACCUUGUAAAAAAUCUGACCAUAUGUGACUAACGGUAUAAAUACGAAAUAAAUAAAGGUAACUAACUAUAAUUCUUACUAGAUUUUAGAUAUGAAAGUAGGUCUCAACGUGUCAAAACUGGAACCGCAAAAUUCAACCAAUCUUAUCUAUUCCGUGGGACCUUAUUAUCCGACUUCAAAAGAAGGUUAUCAGUUUGACCUGUAUUAUAUAUAUAUUCAGGCUUUUAAGAAUGUGUGCUCAAUACGUCGAGUCGAACGUAUGUAAGUCCACAAAUUUGUGGGAAAUAAAUUAUUGAUUAAUAUACCUAUUCCAGCUUAGAUUACAGGUGUGAUCGGUUCAGUAGUUUUUAAGGUACCCACGCAUUUCUGGAUUUAUAAUAUAGAUAAACUCGUAUUAAUUUUUCGAUUUUAUUUGUCGAAGAUACUGCAUUGAUCUUGUGAUAUUUAAUAGACAAAUAAAUGUAUAUAUGAUAAAAACAUGAUACUAUAAACGUAUAUUACUUACGCACAAUUACUAAGUAUACUUGGUCAGGCUAUCUAUUAAUGUACUCUAUGCCUACUUUUAUGCUGUCUAAAUAUAAAACAAUACAUAGGAGCUGGCCUCCAUACAAAAUGACUUCGGAAAUCUAUUAAUCAUUUUGAUCUACAUAACAUUUAUAUACUAUUUUACAGAUUAAAUAAUACAUAAUUAGAAUCAAAUUUCAUUUUUGCGCGCAGAAUUAUUGUUUUUAAACAUUUUUUAGAUUUAAUUACUCUGUGAGCCAAGACAACGACGUUAUAUAAGGCUUAAUAAAAAUCAAUUGAAAAGUGUAUUAAGAAAAUAUUUUUGUAUUUAUUUAGAACAUUUAAAAUUAUAUUCUAUAUUUUUGUAUAAUAUUAUUAUUAUAAGACACAUUCGUUAGAUUUAUAAUAAAUAUUGGAUAUAUGGAACUGUUUUGCCAAAUAAGAUCUGAAUUUUUUAGGAUCUGAUAUCGAAUUAUUGUAAAAAAAAUAUUUUUUAUAGUUCCUAUUUCUAAUGUAAAAAGAAUGAUCAUUUGAAAUUGUUAAUUUUCAAUUUAUAGGGACCAAUGUUUUUGUACAUAUCAUAUUUUAUUUUGGACCUCACUUAGCGUUAGAUAUAGAAUAAGUAUUCCCUUUAUAGAUUUAUAAGUAGUGUAUCGUAUUAGUU